AUGCUUUUUUUUUCCUCCUCUCCACCAUAUCUUAUCUUCAAGGCCUUUCCUGGGCGCGACUGCGGGAAGACCGCUGAGACGUUCCAGGAUGGUUCUCUGGAUGUUCUGAGACAAGGGAUUGAGCCUACAGAGGCUCUGACGGGUGUGGGUGUUAGUCCUGAAGCUUCAUCGAUGAAGUGCUCUCUGCAGCGUGCUCCUCGUUUUCCCUCAUUGUCAAUGGCCGGGGACUUUGUCGUUGGAGGUGUUUUUUCUAUUCACUACAAGCUUUACACAAUAAUUAAUAAUUACACAACAAAGCCAGAGCCUCUCAGAUGCACAGGGAGUUUGAACACCCGAAAUUUGCGCUUCUCUCGUGCAAUGAUCUUUGCUAUUGAGGAGAUCAACAACAGCACGGAGCUGCUGCCGGGCAUCAGACUUGGAUAUCAGAUCUACGACUCAUGUGCUUCUGUGCUUGUUGCCACGGAUGCGGCAUUACAAUUAGCGAAUGGGCAAGAGCCCGCGUUUUCCAAAUACAGCAACUGUUCCCAAACUGGAGUAGUAAUAGCUGUUGUCGGAGAGUCUGGAUCUUCCCAAACCAUCGGCAUAUCACGCAUCAUCAGUUCCCUCAACAUCCCUCAGGUCAGCCACUUUGCUACCUGUGCCUGUCUGUCAGAUAAGCAGCAGUUCCCAACGUUUUUCAGAACCAUUCCCAGUGACCAGUUCCAGGCUGAUGCACUGGCCAAGCUGGUGAAACACUUUGGCUGGACUUGGAUUGGUAUCGUUCGCUCAGACUCAGAUUAUGGGAAUUAUGGGAUAGCUGCUUUUCUUGUUGCAGCACAGAGAGAAGGAAUCUGUGUGGAGUACUCUGAAGCUUUCUAUCGCACCGACCCACGGAGCAAGAUCCAGAGAGUAGCUGGUGUUAUCCGCAGGUCAACAGCAAAGGUGAUUGUGGCCUUCACAGCUCCGGGAGACAUACAAGUGCUUUUGGAGGAGCUGGCUCUGGAGCCUCCACCGCCUCUUCAGUGGAUUGGAAGUGAGGCCUGGGUAUCUGACCCAAACUUUUUCAGCUACAGUUUCUGCAAAGGAACCAUUGGAGUUGCGAUUCAGCAGUCGGUCAUCCCAGGACUGAGAAAGUUCCUACUGGACCUUUCUCCCAUCAAAGUAGCUUCCUCCUCAGUGCUGACUGAGUUUUGGGAGGAGGCCUUCAACUGUACCCUCAAACAAAGAGGUACUCCACUGAAAAGACAAUGUGAUGGAACCGAAGACAUAGAGGAGCUUCAAAACCCGUACACUGACACAUCUCAACUAAGAAUAACGAACAUGGUGUACAAGGGUGUUUAUGCAAUCGCUCAUGCCAUUCACAAAUCUGUGUGUAAGGAAACUAAUUCUGUUGCUGAGUGUGACAAAGACAAACGUCUGGAAUCCAAACAGGUUUUUUCUGAACUGAAAAAAGUCCAAUUUUUCCGCAAUGGUUACCAUGUUUCUUUUGAUGCUAACGGAGAUCCUGCAGCUUAUUAUGAGCUGGUCAACUGGCAGAAGAGUGAGAGGGGCGUCACUGAUGCAGUAACAGUAGGGUACUAUGAUGCAUCACUGCCAACAGGUCAGCAGUUCCGUGUCAACAGACCCAUAACCUGGGUGAAUGGUGACACACAAGUCCCAGUAUCAGUGUGUACUGAGAGUUGUCGUCCAGGAAGUCGUAAAGUCCUGCAGAAAGGAAAACCCAUCUGCUGCUAUGAUUGUAUACCAUGUCCUGAAGGAGAGAUUAGUAACACGACAGACUGUUCCCCGUGUCCCAGUGAAUCGUGGCCUAAUGCACAAAGAGACGCUUGUUUCCCCAAACCUGUGGAGUUUCUUUCCUAUGAUGAAGUCCUGGCAAUCAUCCUGGCUGCAUUCUCUGUUAGUGGGGCCUGUCUGGCCAUCAUAACAGCAGCUAUUUUCUUUCAUCACAGAACAACUCCAAUUGUCAGAGCCAACAAUUCUGAGCUGAGCUUCCUGCUGCUCUUCUCUCUGACUCUGUGUUUCUUAUGUUCAUUAACUUUCAUCGGAGCUCCCUCUGAUUGGUCCUGCAUGCUGCGACACACAGCGUUUGGUAUCACCUUUGUUCUCUGUAUCUCCUGUGUUCUUGGCAAAACUGUAGUGGUUUUAAUGGCCUUUAAAGCUACACUUCCAGGUAGUAAUGUCAUGAAAUGGUUUGGGCCUCCACAGCAAAGAAUGACUGUUGUGUUUUUCACAUUUGUUCAAGUAUUAAUCUGUACUGUGUGGUUGUUACUCAGCCCUCCAUUCCCAAUGAAGAAUCUGAGCACAUACAAGGAGAAGAUCAUCCUGGAAUGUGCAUUAGGUUCUGCUGUUGGGUUCUGGGCUGUGCUCGGGUACAUUGGCCUGCUGGCUGUUUUCUGCUUUGUGUUAGCUGUUCUAGCUCGGAAACUACCUGAUAAUUUUAAUGAAGCCAAGCUGAUAACCUUCAGCAUGCUGAUAUUCUGUGCAGUGUGGCUCACCUUCAUCCCAGCAUAUGUCAGCUCUCCUGGAAAAUUUACUGUAGCUGUGGAGAUAUUUGCUAUUCUGGCCUCCAGUUUUGGACUGAUUCUGUGUAUAUUUGCUCCAAAGUGUUUCAUCAUCUUAUUUCAGCCUGAGAAGAACUCAAAGAAAUAUGUAAUGAACAAAAAUUAAAAGUAAAGCAUUAGAGAUUUCACAACAGAAUUGCAACGUAAGAAUGAUUACAUAAUUGUUUGAAUUUUUCACGUUUGCUCCAGACAGUUCUAUGUUUCUUUAAUAAGCUGAUUCAGGAACAACUUUCACUUCUAAUGCAAAUAUUGUAAUUUUCCUUUGUUGUUGUUUACUUUGAUUUUUCUAGUCUUCUUAACCUUCCCACUGUCCUAAUGGGUGUGACCCCGCGAGGAAUGUUGACCAUUGAGAGGCUUGAUGGUUUAUCCCUUGGGUCCAUGUGGCAGGGGUGAGGAGUGAGCACCAUCUCACUCCUGCCACGUGGACCUCGCGUGGUCACCCAUAAAGACAGAGGGAGGGUUAUUUCUUAAUAAUUCUCAUGUCAAAAACAAAAUAUAGCAACUAAUGCAUAUAAGUAGAAGUUGUCAGUCCUGCACAUAUUUUGAAGAUAAUAUGAGUUUUCUACAGAAACAUUAGUUUCCCCCUUUAGCCGGACGGACACUGUGCAACUUUUUCACUCGUAGCACUCAGCUUCAGCUCAAACUGUACGACUUCCUCGCAGGGCAGAUCUCACGAGCCAUGUGCUCACACUGUGCGACCCAGUUCUCGGAUGUGACCUGACUGCUCACACUGUACGUCUGGUAGCAACACGUCGGACCUAAAAAUAUGCCAAAAAUAGCAGUUUUUACACAACACGUUGGAGUAUUUUUUUUUGUCUUGUUUUGCCUGUUGUCCUUCAGGAGUU